AUGUUGGAUGCUGCAGCUUGCUUCACCAAUCGCAGAGGCUGUGACAUCAUUUUCCGGACCAGUUCUUUUAGAACAAAUUCUCUUGCUAUCCGCUCAUCCUCACAUUAUCUCAAUGUGUCACCCGCUUGUGGCCAGUUGGAGCAUGUCCGAUCCCUUUCAAUGCAUUCCAGGAUAAAUUACAAUUUUGCUUACUGCAAAGGCAACUGUUUUAAUGGGACAACAUUGUCAAAGAAUGUAAAAAGAAUAGCCAGGUUCAGGAUACAUGCAUCACUGGAUGUUGCAAGUGCAGUUGAUGUUAUCAAUGACUUGGGCUUGGACACGCUGACAUUCUUAGCCGUAACAGUAUUGGUGGUUCCUGGUUUCAAGAUGAUUAAAGCUAGUCCUAUUCUAGGUUUCUUCUUUGCGGGAGUUGUGCUCAAUCAAUUGGGUGUGAUUAGAAAUAUCACCGAUGUUAAAGUUCUAUCUGAAUGGGGAAUUCUCUUCUUGCUAUUUGAGAUGGGUUUGGAGCUCUCACUUGCUCGUUUGCGUGCUCUUGCUAAAUUUGCUUUUGGCCUGGGUCUAACUCAGGUUUUACUGUCAACUCUCGCUUUUUCAGCAUUUGAGCUACCACCAAACGGUGCUAUUGGAACAAAAAUAUUGGAGUUUCUGUUUCACUCCAGACCUGACUUGGUCAACAUUAGAAGCAUUGACGAAGCAGUGGUUAUCGGUGCUGCUCUUUCUUUGUCUUCGUCAGCCUUUGUUCUUCAGCUUCUUGCAGAGAAGGGAGAGCUUCCGACUAGAUUUGGCUCAGCGACUCUUGGGAUACUUUUGUUGCAGGACAUUGCGGUUGUCCCACUUCUAGUGAUACUGCCCGUUUUGGAGAGCCAGAAUCUCGUCGAAGAAAGUAUUUGGCCAAUGCUCGCGAAAGAAAGCUUAAAAGCUUUAGGUGGAUUGGGUUUGCUGUCCCUUGGCGGGAAAUAUCUUCUCAGACGGAUCUUUGAGGUUGUUGCAGACACUAGGAGUUCAGAGGCAUUUGUCGCCCUAUGCUUGCUAACAGUUGCUGGAACAUCACUCAUAACACAAAAGUUGGGCUUUAGUGACACGCUAGGGGCUUUUCUUGCUGGGGCCCUUCUGGCAGAAACAAACUUCAGAACACAAAUUGAAGCUGAUAUUAGGCCUUUUAGGGGUUUACUCCUUGGGUUGUUUUUUGUAACAACUGGGACUUCUAUUGACAUGCAGCUUCUUAUCCGAGAGUGGCCGAACGUAUUUUCACUCUUGGCAGGUCUGAUUGUCAUCAAGACACUGAUUAUAACAGCAAUAGGUCCACGUGUUGGACUCAGUCUCCAGGAGAGCAUAAGAAUAGGCUUGCUUCUUUCCCAAGGCGGCGAGUUUGCAUUCGUAGUUUUUUCCUUAGCGAACAGGCUAGGAGUGCUACCACUUGAACUAAACAAGCUUCUCAUAAUCGUUGUUGUCCUGUCUAUGGCACUUACUCCCCUACUCAAUGAAGUAGGAAGAAAAGUUGCUGAUUAUAUCGGCGAGAGAUUUGAAGAUGAGGUGGCAGCCGAUGACUCUGUAAACUUUGACGCCAGCGAACCUGUUGUUAUAGUUGGAUUUGGACAGAAGGCUCAGGUCCUUGCCAAUUUCUUGUCGACCCCAUUGGCUGCUGGAUCAGAUAGUAUGGAUGCAGGGUGGCCUUAUGUUGCUUUUGAUCUUGACCUUUCUGUUGUGAAGACGUCUAGGAAACUCGGUUUUCCUGUUCUGUAUGGUGAUGGGUCCCGUCCAGCCGUAUUGCAGUCGGCAGGCAUAAAUUCUCCAAAAGCAGUGAUGGUAAUGUAUACUGGCAAAAGUAGGACAAUCGAGGCUGUUCAACGCAUUCGUCUUGGCUUCCCUGGGAUACCCAUAUACGCGCGUGCCCAAGACAUGAUGCAUUUGUUGGAUCUAAAGAAAGCAGGUGCAACUGAUGCUAUUCUCGAAAAUGCAGAGACGAGUCUACAGCUUGGCUCCAAGCUUUUGAAGGGGCUUGGUGUUAUGUCGGAUGAAGUAAGCUUCUUGAGUCAGCUCGUGAGAGAUUCUAUGGAGUCUCAAGCUCAAGAAGCAUUGGGAAGGGCCGAAGAUCAAGAGUUGAACGUUAUGAAGCCACUGCAGGUGAAGGCUUCGGAUUUAGUUGGGAUAUAUACACCCUCAAAAGAUGACGAAUACCAGAAGGAGACUACACAAACGAGCAAAUACAGCACGUUGAAAUCGAGCAUUGGCAAUGACCCGUCUCACGACAAUGGCAAGCUCUCUUUGGACGAUGAAGAAGCCAAAGGCGUGUUGUACUGUGAGAUAGGUACACCAACAGAGAGCAACAACGUUCAAUCUCGUGAUAACAUUGAUGACGCUGAUGGAGUUGGGUCAUGGAAGCUUAUGCUGGUCUGCCCGAUCCAAGUGGGGAGUUGGUUUAAGCGGCCCAAGCGAAGGCAUGGGCUGCGUGAUCCCUGGAGCGGAGGGCAUAGCGUCAGGCUGGCCUCACAGAGCAGCGAACACCUCCCGCUCUCUACAGUGGAUGGAUAA